GAGAAGGAAAGAUCCAGAAAAAGAAAGACAGAGAAAAUAUUAAUAUAAAUAUAUAUAUGUAUAUAUAUAUACAUGUAUAUUUAUGUAGAUAUAUAUAUACAAUCUGUACUAUACUGAAACGUAAAGGGAGAUAAUGAGACUUUGUUGUCUUGAAUAGUUGAGAGAGGAAAUACGCAUGCGCGUUGAAGGUGCUUCCUAAUUGGUUUUGAUGUUUGGUGAAAUGUCCAGUGUGUCAAUUUCUUUGAAUCAGCUGAUUUUUAUACAUUUAUAAUACUUACAAUACGUAUUUAUGAUGUGUUUCUCAACUGCCAGACACACACGUAUAUAACAACACUAUCCUUUAUGAAGCAUUUCCAACAUCAGAUGACACUGGCAUAACAGAAGAAACAUCCUCAAUACCUACCACGUUUUAAGGACUAAAGGACAAAAUUAUACAAAAUAGAUGUAUCAGAUUGUUUCUACAAUUCUGAGAUAGGUGCCCUGUAAAACAUUUCCUCUGAGCUGGUAUCAUUAAAAAAAUUUCUGGACAUCACAGACUGGAGUAUGAAGAAGAGGAGCUUGUAUGCUGAUUAAACUUGGAUAAGUGUAUCUAAGUGUUGCUAGACAAAAGUAACACUUAGCACAAAUAGAAAAGUAGGAGUUUAUGUAAGGAAUAAAAAGGAAGAAAAAUUUAUACAUUGUGAUUUGCAGGGGAAAAUGAUGGAAAAGAGUGAAAAAAUUGAAGAACUGAUUUCAUCUGAACACAUAAAAGAGAUGAGAAAAUUGUCGUAUGACUGUGACAUUUGUAAAAAGGUCUUCUCCCUAAAAUGUAACCUAAUUUCCCACAGACGUAUUCAUACAGGGGAAAAACCAUAUCACUGUGAGAUCUGUGGUAAAUCAUUCUCUGACCAAAGUGCCUUGACUUCACAUGAAGGUCUUCAUACAAAGAAAAAGCCAUAUCACUGUGAGAACUGUGGUGAAUCAUUCUCUGAUAGGAGUGCCCUGUUUUCACACAAGCGUAUUCAUACAGGAGAGAAACCAUAUCAUUGUGAUAUUUGUGGUUCAUCUUUCUCUGCAAGUAGUGUGUUAACUAGACACAAGCGUAUUCAUACAGGAGAGAAACCAUAUCACUGUGAGAUCUGUGGUAAAUCAUUCUCUUUUAAUACUGUCUUAGUGAGACACAAACGAAUUCAUACAGGAGAAAAGCCAUAUCACUGUGAUGUCUGUGAUAAAUCAUUCUCUCAGCUUAGUGCCAUAACUCGACACAAACGUACACAUACAGGAGAGAAACCGUAUCAUUGUGAUAUUUGUGGCAAAUCAUUCUCUUCAAAUACUGAGUUAGUGCAACACAAACGAAUUCAUACAGGACAGAAACCAUAUCGUUGUGAUAUCUGUGGUUCCUCAUUUUCUCAGAGUUCUACCUUAAAUAAUCACAGGCAUAUUCAUACAGGAGAGAAGCCAUAUCGUUGUGAUAUCUGUGGUAAAUCAUUCUCUCGGAGUUAUUGCUUAACUACACAUAUACGUAUUCAUACAGGUGAGAAGCCAUAUCGUUGUGAUAUCUGUGGUAAAUCAUUCUCUGUAAGUAGGUUGUUAACUAGACACAAGCGUAUUCAUACAGGAGAGACACCAUAUCAAUGUGAGAUCUGUGCUAAAUCAUUCUCUGACCAAAGUGCCUUAAUUGUACACAAACGUCUUCAUACAGGAGAAAAGCCAUAUCACUGUGAUGUCUGUGGUAAAUCAUUUUCUCAAAGUUGUAAUUUAUCUGCACACAAACGUAUUCAUACAGGGGAAAAACCAUAUCACUGUGAGAUCUGUGGUAAAUCAUUCUCUGACCAAAGUGCCUUGACUUCACAUGAAGGUCUUCAUACAAAGAAAAAGCCUUAUCACUGUGAUGUCUGUGGUAAAUCAUUUUCUCAAAGUUGUAAUUUAUCUGCACACAAGCGUAUUCAUACAGGAGAGAAACCAUAUCACUGUGAGAUCUGUGGUAAAUCAUUCUCUGACCAAAGUGCCUUAAUUGUACACAAACGUCUUCAUACAGGAGAAAAGCCAUACUGUUGUGAUAUCUGUGGUUUAUCAUUCUCUCAGAGUUAUCACUUAACUACACACAGGCUUAUUCAUACAGGAGAGAAGCCUUAUCAGUGUGAUAUCUGUGGUAAAUCAUUCUCUCUAAAUAGUGCCUUAACUAGACACAAACGUAUUCAUACAGGAGAGAAACCAUAUCAUUGUGAUAUUUGUGGUUCAUCUUUCUCUGCAAGUAGUGACUUGAUGAAACACAAACGUAUUCAUACAGGAGAGAAACCAUAUCAUUGUGAUAUCUGUGGUUCAUCAUUCUCUCAGAGUUAUUGCUUAACUACACAUAUACGUAUUCAUACAGGUGAGAAGCCAUAUCGUUGUGAUAUCUGUGGUAAAUCAUUCUCUCGUAAUCAUCACUUAACUAUACACAAACGUUUUCAUACACAUACAAAGAAGAAGCCAUAUCACUGUGAUGUCUGCGGUAAAACUUUCUCUAAAAGUAGUCAGUUAAUUAAUCACAAAUGUAUUAAUACAGUACUGAAGCUGCAUCACUGUGAUAUCUGUGGUAAAUCAUUCUCUCGUAAUCAUAACUUAACUAGACACAAGCGUAUUCAUACAGGAUAGAAACCAUAUCAUUGUGAGAUCUGUAGUAAAUCAUUCUCUAACAGUAGUUUGUUAGCUAGACACAAACGUAUUCAUGUAGGAGAGACAGCAUAUCACUGUGGUAUGUGUAGAAAAUCAUUUUCUGACCGUAGUUCCUGGGCUUCACACAAAGGAGAAUCCAUAUCAGUCAUGACUGGUAAAUUAUUCUCUCAAAAUAGUGUUUUAAUGAAACACAAUAUUUAUACAGGAGACAAAGCAAGAGAAUAGUUUCCUAUUUGUUACGUACCUUUAACAUUGCACCUCCACACACACACACACAUGUAUAUGUAGUUUCAGAGCUUUUAAAAGCGCUUAUAUGAAGAAAUA